AUGCGUCUCUCAACCUGCGUUACUGCUCUGGCAGUCGCACUUGGUGUCUCCGCUGCGGGCCAUUCCGGUAGGAGUCUAAAGCACGUUGGAUUGGAAGACAAAAUCCGCCCGCAAGCUAGAAAACAGUCUUUACCAAAAUCCAGCUUCAAUCGUCGUGAUACUUCCCAGUAUCUUACUAAUUCGACUCAAAAAUACUCGGUCAAUGGAACCGCAAUCCCAGAGGUCGACUUUGAUAUUGGCGAGAGUUAUGCUGGGUUGAUGCCAAUCUCGAAAGCCGCCAAUGAGUCGAGGCAGUUGUACUUUUGGUUUUUCCCAUCGGAAAACACGGAAGCCAGUGAUGAGAUUUUGAUUUGGCUUAAUGGUGGACCUGGGUGCUCAUCGCUUGAGGGGCUUUUGCAAGAGAAUGGACCUUUUACUUGGCAGUACGGGACAUAUAAACCAGUUCCAAAUCCAUAUACCUGGGUUAACUUGACAAAUGUUGUGUGGGUAGAACAGCCCGUUGGUACUGGAUUCUCGCAAGGAGUCCCAACAGCUACCAGCGAGGCAGACGUUGCUGCACAAUUCCUAGGAUUCUGGGAGAAUUUCGUCAAUACUUUUGCCCUGCAGGGCCGAAAGGUUUACAUCACUGGCGAGUCUUAUGCUGGUUUUUAUGUUCCAUACAUUGCAGAUGCCAUGUUGAACAAAAAUGAUACCACGUAUCACAACCUUGAAGGUACCAUGAUCUAUGACCCUUCUACCUCCACGGACGUAGUUCAACGCCAACUUCCAGCCAUGGAUUUCAUCAACUACUGGGACGGUUUACAUCCAUUCAAUGACAGCUUCAGAGCCGUUCUCCAGAACAUGACAGACUCAUGUGGCUACACCGAAUUCAACGAGAAAUACUUCACAUUUCCACCCCCUGGACCACUUCCCGUCAAACUUCCUGGCACAGACGAGGAAAAUGUAACUACACCCGAUUGCGACAUCUUCGACCUAAUUUACAACGAAAUCUUCUAUGUAAACCCCUGCUGGGACAUCUACCAAGUAGCAACCACCUGUCCCGUCCUCUGGGACGUCCUCGGCUUCCCAGGCUCCUUCGACUACCUCCCCGCCGGCGCAUCCAUCUAUUUCAACCGAACGGACGUACAAAAAGCCAUCAACGCGCCCUUAAUCGAAUGGGCCGAAUGCACCAACACAGACGUCUUCAUCAAUAACACCGACACCUCUCUCCCCUCCGGCCUCUCCGUCCUCCCCGGCGUAAUCGAACGCAGUAAACGCACCAUAAUCGGCCACGGCGACCUCGAUUUUGUACUCAUCUCCAACGGCACGCUGCUUAUGAUCCAGAAUAUGACGUGGAACGGCGCGCAGGGCUUCCAGAGUAAACCCUCUGAUCCGUUCUACGUGCCGUAUCACGAUGAUCCGAGUCUAUCUACGCUCGCUGCGUCGGGGGUGCUGGGAACGACGCAUACGGAGAGGGGACUGACGUGGGUUAGUGUUGAUUUGAGUGGUCAUAUGAUUCCGCAGUAUGCGCCGAGUGCGGCGUAUAGACAUUUGGAGUUUUUGUUGGGGAGGGUGGAGAGUUUGAGUAGUAUGAGCCCGUUUACGACGCAGCCGUUUCCGCAGCCGAAUGUGACGGCGGGGAAUGGGACGGCGCCGCCUGUGAAGAGGUUUGCGGGGAUGGAGGGGAUGGCGGUGCUUUAG